AUGCCGGCCACCCCAUCGUGGCACCAAGGUCCAGUACCCCGUAUUGUCGGGGGAAGCCAAGCGCCAGCAACGUUCGCCAUCUGGAAAACAUUGCGGUGCCAGGCUUACAGCAUCACACAGUACGAGAGCCAGCCGCGCCCCACAGGGGCACAGCGUUAUCCUUGUCGGUCUUGGGGCGCGUGUUACCGCGCCGUCAGCAGUAUCAUCCGCACCAAGUUACUGCUUAGUGGAAAUGUGGAAGAGAAUCCCGGCCCUACAUUGAGGGGCAUGCAAUGGAACUCAGCUGGGCUAACACAGGCCAAACGCCUAGCCUUGGGUAAACAGCUCUACGAUGAUAAUAUCACGUUCUGCUUACUGAGUGAGACAAAAAUGUCCCCCCCUGAGGCUGCUAGUUUUGGACUUCCUGGGUUCCAACAUUAUGGGAUAGCUCGCACCUGUCGUGGUGGAGGUGUAUCAAUCCUCAUCAGGGAUGAGAUACAGGUAGAGACAGGACCGGCGCUUGUUGCAGGCAUUGAGCUUGCACAAGCGACAAUCCAUCUAGAUGGAGGUAUGCGGUUGACGAUUUCAUCAGCAUUCUUUCCCCCUGUCGCCACCAAGAUCACCUCAGAGAACCUCGAUAGACUCAACAACACGGACGGGCCACAGCUCAUAGGUGCUGACGCCAAUGCGCACGCAUUGGCAUGGGACAACGAAGUCCCGCCUGACUCUCGAGGUGAUACCAUCGUGCAAUGGUGCAUUGAUAAUGAGUUCCUCAUUGCCAACACUGGAAAUAGGACACGGUACACCGAGAGGCAUAGAGGCUCCGCGCCAGAUGUAACACUGGCAAAAGAGUGCGCAGUGACAGAUUGGACAGCGCGACCCACCCCCGACAGCGACCACUACAUCAUCACUUAUACUGUCCAGGUGGGGGAGGAUGACACUCCGCUAGAAGUGCCGCGG